ACUAAACAUUUUGGUUGAAAAAUGCCAGUCGGCAGGAAAAGGAAAUUUGCAACGGCAAAUUCCACUGGACACCAACAAGAAACUCGCGGAAAGAGAUCCAAGAAAAGCGAAGAUAGUGCGGUGACCCAGACUUCAGUUGCAGUUCGGAAACGAACUUGUCGUCUAUCGAAAAGGGAGAAAAAAGGGAAAAAGGAGAAGGCUAAAGAGUGCAUAGUAAUAUCUUCGUCUUCGGAAGACGAAGAAAGUCCGAUAAACAAAAAAGCUGAAAAAGACAGCAGUGGCACAGCUAGGAAACCAACUUGUAGGAGAUCGAAAAGACAGAAAGACGGGGUAAAGAAGGGUGGUGAUGCUGGGGAGAGUGCAUUGAUAUCUACGAGAUUGAAUGCUAAAAGGACAGCUGCUAAGAAAGCAAAAAAAGGUGGUAAUACAACAACUAAGAAAGCAACUGGUAGAAAAUCGCGAAGGAAGAAGAAAGAUCCAAAGAAAAGUUCAGAGGAGAGCAGAGUUAUGCCUGCAAGUUUGAAUGUCAAGAGGUCAGUUUACUGAAGUUGGCAUAACCUGUGGGAGUCAACAAGGGGCUGGGAGCUUGCGAGAAUAGGGGGCGGUAGGGGUAUGGGAGGUGGGAGAGGCGAAGGUGGGAGGUGGGAGUUUGAACAGGGUGGGUAGUGGAAGUAAUAUGGACAAUUAUGCAGCAAUGCAUAAUAUUUUGCAAUCAGAAAGGGCUAAAAUGAGAGGAAGCCAAGGAUAAAUGGGGCAGGGGCUGGGAAUACAAAGUACGCAAUAAAGGAGGUUUAGAGAUCUCCCUGACAUCUCAAUGGUCACCCUCUAUGAUUUUGCAAAAUUUUGUAUUUCGCCCCCGUCUUCCUCUGAACUGGAAACAGUACUUUGAAUUCCCAAUCCCUAGAAGUAGUAGACUGUUCAUACUCACCUAUUUUUCCAUGAGAUUGUCAAGAUUUAGCAUGUCUUAUCAUUAAUGGUGGCCAUCUUGAUUUUCAAAUGUACCUAAGGGGCAGGCGUUGAUGAUCUUGAUGAUCUUACGGGAAAGUAGGGGACUGUGAACAGUCUAUAGAAGUAGAGUAGCCAAUUAUUUUUAUAUUCCCUGACGUAUUUCCCUGGUUGGCCUGGGUCUUACCCUGGGACCAGCUGAACUGAAAUGCAUAAACCUCCAGGAUAGAGAAGGAGGGUUCACCCUUGAUUGACUGAGUAGGCUUUUUCCUGGGUAGAGAUUUUGACACUUUUUGUCCCAGGGUGAGAAAUUUUACAUGACUGACAUCUUGAAAGAACAAGAGAACCGUGAAAUAAGUCAUCCACCAUCCUGGUAAUUUCCAGAAGUCACCAAGAGCAAAGGAUUUCUCUGCUCUUGAUCUGCUAAGUGAAUAAGCAUCUGUGUAUACACAGUAUGACGUGUGAUACAGCUUUUACCAUUAAGUUUGUAGCAGUCAUGCUUACCAAUAAUAAUAUUGUUGCACGUUGUUGCGUGUAUGCAUAGUAGCAUACAUGUUGUAUUCUAAUAAUAAUUAUUCUAAUAUUACUGUAUAUAUUUAUGGUAUGUAGUUAAAAAACCUCUUAGCAUCUCUUUGGUUUUAUAAUGGUUAGAAACUUGACUAAAUUAAUAGUUUCAAAUUAGGGCUGGGAAUCAAAGACUCAUCUGCAACUAACACAUGCUAAAGUUUAGCUUAUUUUUAGCAGUUUUUAACUUGUGAGCAAACUUCUUCUUGACAUUCUAUUUCAUUCCAGUGAGAAAAAAAGGUUUGCUAAUUUUAUAUUUUGAUUCUUUUAGUGUAUUGCCUUUGUCUGGUUCUUUGAGGAAUGCUUGUCUGUUUUUUCUAGCAAGAGGUCAGGUAUGUUUCAACCAAACAGUAAAUUGAAUAAGUAAACAAACCAGCAAACAGAUAAAUAAAUACCUAGGGUCACUAGCAGAGGGAGUAAAAGCCCUGUUAUUAAACUGUAAAUACCCCUGGUAGGCCACUUCCAAGUUCCAAAAACCCUCACUUUCAAAAUGGGGCUAGGUACACAACCUUUCUUGUGAAAACGAGUCUUAUUUGCAUGGGAAUGAAAAAUGAUUUCCAUAUCAAAGGCCAAGCACCUACCCUUGUUUUGAAACAGAGGCCCGGGGGACCUCGGAAAUGGCCUAUUAAGGGCUGAGAUAGUGUUGAAAAGUCCUUUUCAAGAUAGCAGACUGUAUUAUCCCCUUAUGCCCUACGAAUCUGCUUGAAAAAAUUUUAUCAAUUACAAAUAAUUCUUCAGAAUAAUUAUCAUAUUUCAAGUCGUGAGUUUUACUGGCAAAGUUGGUGAGUGUACUGGUAUAUUGUAUUUUCAUCACCCCCAUGAUCUGUUGUUUAACCCUUUAAGUUCCAAAAGUGACAAACAUUAAUUUUCUCAGUAACAAUAUCAAUACACAAUCAAGAGAAAAGGUUAUGAGAAUUGAUAAAUUAAUCCCCUAAGAGAAAAUGCUUUGAUCUUUUACCAAAUUCUCUCAACUUAUUCUCUUUGGAAAUGUAUAGAGACCAGUUUGGAGAAUUUGUAUGUUGAUAUUUUGGAACAGCCAUUUAAUUCUUGGAAAGAAAGCUGCUGGAUUCCUGUUCUCAAUUCUGUAGCACAUGUAUACCAUGCACCCAUUCUUGUGCUUCCCCUCUUUCAUUGGGGAAGAGACUUUGUGUCAUGAGACAGAAAAAAAUGACUGCAUGAGAAACAAUGCUUCUGGAGACAGCAUCCAACUUUUUAAAGAAAAAGUACAGACAAUAUGUAAAUGCUGGUCUUUAUGUCUCUUUUAAGAGACAUGUAUUAACCAUUUAAUGUCCCCUUGAUGCGAGUAAUAAUUAUUGUGACUCCACCCCCGUACAGGCGGUAGAUUUGAUGGAUGCACAUUACUGUUAUUUAAAGAAUCCUCAUUUUUUUCAUUUGAAAUUAUUUUGUUCUAUUUGUUUUUGUUUUAAACCAGAGAGUUUGCAUCAAAGGGUUGGCUCUGAUCAAAACCCUGAUUGGGUCAGUUGAAGUGUAUGGUUCUGUUUUGAGACCUGAUCAUGAUCCAGUGGAAAUCUUCUGUCCUAGUACUUCAAGUCUUGCCGUGUUGUCUGAACACAGUGAAGAAAAUUCCUCAAGAGGUAUUAAUUUGAAGAGAACAUUUCAGGAUGUUCUACAAAACCAGCCUCCUGAAGUGAUGAAGAAGGCCCUGGUGAGAUCAAGGAAAUCAGCCACAGUUCUGUUGAUGAAAUCCUUACAAACCAUAGAGACAAACUUUGUAUGCAGCUUUCAACGCUUCCAUGAUAUAUUCAGCUCGAAUCUUGACAAGGUAUCUGUUGGACAGAACUUUUGAGACACAACUGGUGCUUUUCAUUUUGCCAAACCAGUCAGUUAGAAACCAGUGGAAUUAUCAAGAAAAAAUGGAAUGACAUUGUUCAGUUGAAACAAGGUCUCCAACCAAAUUGAAGUGAUCCAUUUCUGUUCUGACCAAAACUUUGAUUACUGCUUAGCAAAGUAGGAUUGUAAAUGCGAAUUUUUGGAAAUGGAAGGGCAAGUUUUUUGUUGGACAGGACUGACUGGUCAAAGAGGACCACCUCUUAAGGUGAACCACUUUGACCGGAAAAUUCCCACACAGACCAAAGCAUUCCAUCUAUUUCUCAACGAAAAUUUCUGAAAAUUUUGGCUUAAUGGAAAGCACUCAGAGAAUGCCAAAAAAAGUCUGAUAUAAAAAUAAUACCAGGUACAUGACUAGACAUUGUAGUCCACGGUUAUUAAACUUUAGACCUAUAGGUCUGGAUUUGAGCCCGGCCACCAUAUUGUUUCCUUACAGCUGUGUGGCAAAAUUCUUCAGAGGGUAACCUUCCCUCAGGGGGGGGGCGAGGGUGACGGGAGUGUUUUGCAACACUUCUAGGUUCCUGAUGCUACAAAACUGGGUUGCCGCUUUUUCCUUUUGGGUGCCACUGGCUGAUGGUGCAUCUCAUAACAUUUUAUUACUGGAGACAUGUUUAAUGUUACAACUGACAAAUCUGUACAAAAACUCCCAUUUCUAGCUAUGUGCUAAGUUGUUCUAUUUUUUUUUCUUGCAGGUUUCCUCUCUUGACAAAAUAGAGAUGUCUUUGAAGAAGAAAACAGUUCCAUUAGGAUUUAUUUUUGUAAGAAUACUGACAAACAAUUUUCCAAUUUUCCCUAACUCUUUUGUUCCAGUUUGCAGGGUUACCAUCCUUUGAUUGUGUGUUUUUUUUUCGAAGCUAGCCAAGUUUCUGAACCUGUACAAUCUAUGGUACCGACAUAUGAUUUGUAUGAAAAAACUAAGAUUUUCUUGUCCCCUGAGAGGAAAAGGUGGGCACCAGGGGCCACAAAGGCUCUGCAAGAGCAUAUCCCUGCCACCCUCGAUAGAGGUAAUUUGAUGUGAAAGAUUAAAACAUUACAAGCUGCAAUUACAAUAAUUUAUAUUUGAGUAGUAAAAUUGGGAGUCUCUAAACACAUAAAGAAUAAAUUUUUGGGGGGGUGGGGUGGGUAACUGAAGGGAAAAUUUAUUAUUUUGUCAUUAUACCAGCGUGCAAAGAAAGUAGUGUCCGAUAGCCCGGGGCUAGUGGAUUUUGCUAUCGGGCUAGUGAAUUCUGUUUUCAACUUGCCCGACGGGCAAGUGAUGUUUUAUGAGGAGUUUGAAUAACAGAAGAACAAAAAGUUUUUGGGGCUAGUUGAAAUGACGUCUGGGCUAGUAAACGCUAGCUUCAGCUUGCCCGAAUGGCAAGCUGUAAAAAUGAUUUUCUUUGCACCCUGUUAUACAUAAAUACACAGGGCUGUGCUCGGUGGCCCCUGGCGCCUAACUUUUGCUCUUGGGUGACUAUACAAUCUUACUUUCUUCAUACAGAUCAAGUGCUGGGCACCAUAGAUUUUACAGUUUCAGAGCUCUGGGCUCCCUUCAAUUUUCCUUAGAGCACAGCCUUGAUACAUGUACAUAGGUAAUAAUAAUAAUGAUGAUGACAAUGAUAUUGAUAAUAGUGAUAUUAGUUUUUGGAAUUCAAUUAACGCAUUGACACAUUCUGGCUUUUUAAAGAAGAUAGCAAAUAACACAAUGUAGCCCCUUUCAUUCAUUUUUGUUCUCUAGUUGGAGCCAUGGUACCCAGCACGAUGUAGGAUGUUGACAGUACCCGAUCAGUGGAAAGUUGCUGCAUCUUCAGUGUGUGGAACAAAAAUGGGCAUGGAAGGUAUUAACAUUCAUUCAUUUAUACUUACUUUUUUCUAUCAUUGAUGUAAGUUUUAUAGCAAGAAACAAUAAUUAGUAAUUGUCAGUUUUUGUUUUAUGUUUAACAGCCAAGGCCCCUGUUAUUCUUAUUUGUGGUGGAAAGGACAUUGGAAAAUCAACAUUUGCAAGAUAUUUAACUAACACAUUCCUAAAUAGGUAUAUUUUGCGUACAGUAUAUUUUUUAAUAUUUUACAUAAUUGAGUGGCACUAUUGUGCUAAAAUACAGUUGUACAUUUGGUAUCGGAUUGACCAGGAAAUGUCUUUUUGUCCAUCUGUUAAAACUACAGUGGAACUUCUAUUCAGGAGACACCCUCCAGACUAAGGCAAGUGUUCCCCGAAUUUGUGGUCAGUCACUUUUUGAGUGCUAAAGUGUCUUCGGAAUGGAGGUUAAAUCUGGGUUUCGGGACCCAGAAAAAGUGUCCCUUUCCUCUUAAUAGCUAACUUUUUUUCAGGACCAAAUUUUGUGUCCCCUAAAUAGAGGUGUCCCAUGAAUGGAGGUGUUGUAAAGGAGAGGUUUAACUGAAGCAAAUAUUUAAGUGCCUCUGAACUGGUUCUGUAAGAGUGAUUCUCUGGUGAAUUCCCCCGUUUAUUUGUUAACAUUGCAACUGCUAUGAUUUUUUGUCCAUGAAUAAUGCAUAUGUCCGAUUAGUCUCCAAUGAUAAAGGGGCUAACAGUCAAAAUACAUCAUAAGCUAUCUUUUCAUCACCUCUAAUUGGGUUAGAACGUGCUAACGAAGCAGCGAGCCAUGCGAAAAAAUUGCUAAACCGAAAAAGAAGUAAUACGAAGAAAGUAAGUGAAAGCUAACCGUUGUAAAUACAGUAAAACCCCGCCUUACGGGCACUUCGUUAUUAGGGCCACUUUUUUGGCCACCCGCAAAACGGCCAUACAUUUUCUUGUAAAAAAAAACGCUCGUUAAUACUGUCACCCGUUAAUACGGUCAUUUUUUUUUGGCCCAUUGGUGACCGUAUUAACGAGACCGGCUGAAGAGAGAAUUCUAAACCAAAAAAUUUAAAAUCUUAUUUUGUUCGUGAUGGAAUUAGGGACGCCGAAACGCUGCAUUCGUAUUGUUCAGCUGAUUGUUAAGAAUUAGCGAUGAGGUUUCGCUCGUUAUAGUUAGCACGAACUACAAGUACAUGUGACCAGGGAAAAUAAUUGAUACAUCAAUCUCAAAUUGACCCCUCAAAUUAGCCUGCAUAGCAGGUGCUUGGAAGUAGUGGGCGCCGGUUCUUUCUUGCGGCCAAGUACUUCCAAGCGCCUGCUAACUGUUAAGCAGGCUACCCUCAAAUUGACCGAGCGUUGAUGUUGUAAAGAGGAUUUUGAUGUUAAAUCAAAAUGCUAGUAACUAAAAGAGUUAUAACUCGCGCUAUUUUGAUUGUGUUUGGCACUUAUUUUUCGUUUUUAGACAGAAGGAGCUGUAUUUCCUCGAGUGUGACGUUGGCCAGUCUGAAUUCACUCCUCCUGGGUUAAUAUCACUAAACAGAGUGUCUUCUCCCCUGCUAGGUUUGUACAUUCAGUAAAAAGGCCUGUAAGUUCUAAUUUUAGCUAUGACGAAACGUUUCCUCCUCACUUUGUCCCUCUUUCAUUUUUUCUUCAAUCCGCCACUUGAACAUCUCCCAUAAUGCACCUUAUUUGCCCCCCAAAACUUUGCGUAGCCUUUGUUUUUCAUUUCUCCUGGGUAUUACCCCGGGGGGGGCACUUGGGUAUUUUUUGGGUGGGUAUGUGCCGCCCGGGACUCCAAAUUGGCACCCCGUUCUAAAAAAACUUCCCCUAAAAUUGAUACCCCGUUCUAGAAAUGGGCCAAUUUUUUAUACCCCGUUCUAGAAUUCGCCCUAAAACUGAUACCCCGUUCUAGAAAUGGGCCAAUUUUUUAUACUCCGUUCUAGAAAGUUUGUAAAUUAAAAUAGCCCUGUUUUUUUUAAAAAAUAUUUCUUUAUUUGUUCGACUAACACAUCAAAGAAAUGCUUCUUCAUAAUCAGCAACAAUUUUAAGCAGAAGAUAAAGCCGUGGUCCACAAUUUUGUAUACCCCGUCGUAGAAAACGCCUCUGAAAUGGUACCCCUUUCUAAAUCAGGAGCUUCAAAAUCACGACCCUGUUGGGCGGCACAUGCCCGUAUAGGUAAUGUAUGGGAGUACCCCCCCCCCUCCCCGGGGGGGUAUUACAGCCGUCCCAAUGCUUAUACAAAAAUUUUGGGGGAUUUGCAAGUGCCGUAUACAGUACAUAUUAUGACAACUUGUUUGUGUUCUGUGUUCCUUUGAAUUUUAGGUCCACCGUUCACUCAUCUUCGACAACCUGAGAGGUAAUAACAAUCUCCUUAAAUAACUUGAAAUUUGUGAUUGCUGAAAAGCUAUAAAUUCCAGGUUUUCGAAGCUUUUGACAAAGUCAUGUUUUAGCUGAGACUUUUGUACCUCUGUUGUUGCGAACGUUUUUUUCAUACCACCGAAAACACUCUUGAUAAUUGUUGUCUUUUGCAGAUCCGUAUUUUUUGGUGAUGUAUCCCCAAAGGACAAGCCUGGGUUCUAUAUUCAGUGUAUUUACAAUGUGUAUCAGACAUACGCUGAAAAAUACAGAAACAAGGUUCCAUUGAUUAUCAACACACAGGGAUGGGUCAAGGGUAAGUAGUUCAAACAGCAGAGUGCGUUAUAGUUACGUUACAAAGUCGAACUAUUUUCACUUUAAGUAAUAAUGAUAAUAAUUAUAAUUAUAAUAAUUAUUAUUAUGGUUUAUUAACAGCAUUUCCAUAAAAAAGGGGCCCUACAUCUGCUAAUAAAAUAUAAAUUAUAUAGUGUAUAUUCAGCUAGAAAAAAAUACAUUAAUAUAUCUGGCCUCGGUUGUUCAAAGGCUGGAUAGUGCUAUCCACCGGGUAAAUCUCUAUCCAGCGGAUAAGUAUCAGGGAAACCAAUUACGCUAUCCACUGGAUAGUGAUUUAUCCGAUGGAUAGCGCUGUCCAACGUUUGAACAACCAGGACCAGGAGCAUAAAAUAUGCGUGGUAAAAAAACUAACUAAUUAACUAACUACUUCACUGUGGUUAAAAGAGUGUAUUUUGAACUAUUACAUUACUACAAUUUACUUCGCUCCUUUAAGAUAUUGAGGGUCUGUUUGGAAAAAGACCCAAAAUUUGUACAAGUUUUGAUUGGAGCAGGUAGGGAAUUGUGCUAGUUAAACAGCGUGGCUAUGAUCGGGCAAUAGUCAAGAAAUUAUUUUUCAAGCGUAAGAAAAUGUCAGUAAUGGUUGCCAGAAAAGAAAAAAACGGCAUGUAGGAACAAAACGGAUACCCCUUCCAAUCAGUCAUUUAAUCUUCAAGUCGGUCACCCCAUCAAUCAAUUCAGCAAUUCAGCAAUUCAGCAAUUCACGGUAAAAAAAAAACGUAUCACACUUUACUCCGAUUUUGUAACCCACCCUCUCAAUUUCCUGCUGGGUACCUGUUUAGUUAACUCGGUCGCCAAUAGCUCUUUCCUUUUUUAUCCAAGGAAUGGGAGUACCUCUUUUGUUGGAUGUGAUUCGCAUUGUAAAGCCAACACACAUUGUACAGUUCAAUUACGCCACCAAAGAAAACAGUAACAAGAAUUUACCAAAGAUGACAGCUGAACUGUUUGCAAGUACACCGGGAUGGGCAUUUACUGUUGAAGAGGAAGAGCGACCUGAAAACAACUCCAGGUUGUUAAAACAAAUUUCAGUGGCUUUGUGUCUUACAUUUAUUAAUGGAAAAAGCGCCCUAAGUUCGCGAAGCUUAAUUUUUUUUGAUGCGUUUAGCUUUCACGAAAACGGAUGUUUUCGAAAACUCAUUCGUGUGGACAUGCUAAUCGUAUUGUUCGGUUUUAAUUUGUACAGAGAUGCCAACCUUUGUCCGGAGAACAUUACAGGAAGUGAUCAUGAUCCUAUUGUGAUUGAAAUCAACUCAUAUGAAUCAAAAAGCUGGCCGAGCUCCGUGUAAGUAACAUGUUACCUUUCAUGAACACAGUGAUGCAAAAGAGCUAGUAUGCAUGGUCAUAGAACGUUGAAAAACCGUUAUAUCAAUAUGCAUAUUCUCCACACUGUUCUCCAUAUAUUUACCUUUGGUGGAUGAGGGGAAUUUGUUUAACAGUCUGUACCUAUUUUUGUUGAUGGUUAUCUCCUUUGUUGUCACGACCCAUCCUGGUCUUGUUAAUCGGCUUACCAGUGCACUUAGUUCGUUUUGAUUUCAUUUUUGUUGUGUGCCGGUUUUCCUGAAUGUUCGUCUUCAGAGGUGAGGAAAAUGAUUCCAUGACUUAAUUGUACGCAUGUGCGUUUUGCAUUUUUUGAAGAAAAAGUCCUGUCUAAAGUUGUUCUCAGAGCUUUCAAUAUAGUAUUGAGGGGUGUUGCAUCCAUGAUACUGCCACGAAGAAGAAAAUAGGUGACUAUCUUCAUUACAACAACAAUCUUUAUUGUGCUUUUGAUACAAAAAGUGUGUUAAGACAUUAAAAGGAAACAAUUGUGAGAAAAAAAGAGUGCACAGCCACUCAGAAAUAGCAAAAGCUAAUCGCGCUGAGUGGCUGGGCCAAGCAGAAAAGUAGCUAGACAUCAAAGUUGUUAUAAAUAAACAAAUGCACACAAAGACACCCAAAGAAGAAAUAUAUAAACUGUAAUAAAUAAACAAAUACACAAACGAAUAAACAAAGAAGCAAGACAAAACAACGGCUGUGCACACAAUUAGCUGCAUGUAAAGUACACCAAUUAAUAUUUGGAGAUGACAGAUUCUUUUAAAAGCUUUUUAAAGCGAAAACGACUCGUUGGUUUUAUAUCUUCUUUAAUAGCAUUCCAGAGUUUAGCCCCACUGAAACGGACAUUAUUAGACCUGUUGCUGACCCCGGCUAUCAAAGAGAUGAGUAGUGGAACAACCGCGCAGCGUGGGGAUCCUGUGAUGAUGAUAGACAGUAGUAAAGUCAACCUGAGGGGGCCAUAGAAAGUGUUCUCACUAACGGGGUGUCAGUAGUAAGCGGGUUCAAUUUAGAGAAACUGCAAGGGCUCACUUUCCCUAGGGACAAAGCGAACUGUCCGUAAUAAUAGGCUGAUUUAGCAACAGAACGGGAACGUCAGUCGACGACGGGAAAGCGCGCGGAAAGGACUAAACCCGACUUCCGAGGCUCAAUUUGCCUCUCUGCGAUUGGCCAUUCGAAUUGUUUGAUUUGCGCGCGCCGUCGUCAACUGACGUUCCCUUUCUGUUGCUAAAUCAGCCUAAUGAAGUUUCCGCAAAGCGAGGUUUAGUGUAUCGAACCAGAGGAUCGCAAAAUUUAUCAACGACGGUUGAAAUAUGUACUGUUUACUGGCUAAUAAUAUAUUCAUAUCUUUUAUUUCUUUCUUUUCUUCUAGUUCUAAAUUCAAAGCAUCGGAUCACCGGACUUUAGCAUUACUGUCGUAUUUCAGCAGAACAAAAGCUAACAUCAGCCACUGUGAAGGCCGCUCUUCUCUUACACAGACUUCUCUUCUGUCUUGCGUUCCUUAUUCAGUACCGUGGAACUGUGUGGGAAUACACGUUAUGCAUACAGAGGUUCUGUAAAGUGUAUAAUCUGAUAGCGAAUGUUUUAACAACUUUGUGCAUAAUUGUUGAUGGGUUGAGUUCUUGUGUAAAUAGAGAGCUUUAGAUUCUAAGACGAUUACGACUACGAGGAUGAGAUUUCCUCAUUAGGCUGAUUUAGCAACAGGACGGGAACGUCAGUGGACGACGGGAAAGCGCGCGGAAAGAACUAAACACGACUUCUGGUGCCCAAUUUGCCGCUCUGCCAUUGGUCAAGCCAGUUGUAUGAUCUGCGCCCGCCGUCGUCAACUGACGUUCCCGUUCUGUUGCUAAAUGAGCCUAAUAUUACUAAGUAGUGCGCGCCCUUGAACUAGCGACGUUUUGGCGGGAAAACUUGCUAGCCGUCGUCAUUCUACUACGAGUCUUAGCGAGAAUAGGGAGCUUUAGCAACGACGACGGCGACGGCAAAGAGGACGUGAAAACGGCGAUAGGUUUGUUGAGCAAAACAACAACUCUGCACGUGCAUCACGCUUUUUUGUUCAUUUCUUUACCGUCCUUGCACGACUACGACGUGAAAAUGCCUAAUUGCAGGUUUUAUGGAGGACGUAAACAAGCGACGACGAAUCUCUUUUUCUCUCUCUAAACUUGAGUGCGGUCCUCAAGAAAUCAUCUCCAGGGAAAUUCGCCUACACUUGCCAUUUUCAGCAAAUUGGAAUAAACGCGACAAAGAUUGCAAAAACGGGGAUUCAUUUUAAAACUGACGUUUUCGCUGCAGUUGCCGUCGUCGAUGCUAAAGCUCUUUAAUGUCGUAAUGGCGAAAACGAGUUAUCAAAUGUUAGAAGUUUUAUCUUUUUGCGAUCGAGAGAGGGCUUAACCUCCUCGAUAUAGAUAACAGUGCUAACUUUUCUACUGGAAAAAAAAGUAUGAAGCUUUCUGGUUUGUCUAAACUUUAGGUUAAAUCUUUUACUCAUAGUCGUCUCAUAGUAGUUCUCGUCCUCGAAAGCUCUCUAAUAGCAUCUCGUAGACAAAGUAUUCAAGAACUCAAACCAUCACUGAACUUCCAAUCGGACACGAUUCGCGCUAAGCUUUUCUAUUAAGAAAGUUUCAUGAUAAUGAAGCAAGCACAAAUGCAGUUUAAUUUAUUCAAACUUCAACUCUUGAGCAAUUUGAAACUUAAACAUUUCUCACUCUUGAAAAUGGUGUUCGAAACAUUGAAAGGUCGAGUAACGUUCUUAAGUUCAAUUUUUCUUGUUAAAUUCUUCAAAAAGCAACUGACUAUCGGGUCUAUCGACAUCAAUCACCGUCUUAAUUUCAAGAAACACACAGAAAAAAAAGAGCUAAUCGUUAGUUAUAUCAAAAAAUAAACAGAUUUCAAUAAGCAAAAUUUAUAACCCCAUUGUUCGGCGUAAUUUCCACCUCCAUAGCGAGGUUUUAGUUUACACAAUGUUAAUGUCAAAUUUCAUUGCUGUUUUUAUUUCUUGGGGCAGAUUUCGUGGAAUGAGAUUCUGUACUCUGUUAAUGCGAGUGUUGUAGGACUGGCGCGAUGCGCUUCAGACGAGGUAAGAAUAGGAGUCUCUGACCCUUUAUUUAUCUUCUUGAAAAUGCCGUACAAAUCCUUGUAAUAUGUUCACGGCCAUUUUGAGGAUUAUGCAAUAUGGUACCACAUGUAUUUUAAUACUUACCAUACUGAACUUGGGCUGCAUGUGACUUAUCUAACUUUUCUCUUUGACGGAGCUCUCUUUUCUCCUUCUGCAAUGUCGAGUCUCGCUUUUUGGGCGAUUGAGUAAGUGACAAGUGUUUCAAAAAAUGUGACGACUUUUGCAUUCUAGGGGCUUUCCCUGAGAUGGACCAGAACUUCGUCCAUGGAGGUAAAAAAAAUUCCAGUCUUUUCAAGCUAUCGAUGCCAGGAUGAUCUCCGGCUUGAUAAGCGACUUGGCUUAAAUUCAAGCUUUACUCAUCUUUAUCUAUACGAGGCUUGAGGCUUAGGGCCUGUUUACAUUUUGGUAGGGGACCCCAGAUAGGUGAAGUAACCCGCCUGUCCAUAUAAUUUCUCAUAUAGUCGCCCCACCUAUCAUGUAAACGUGAUCAAAUAAAAUGAGAAUCUAUAUUGACAGGCGGUUUACCCCACCUAAGCGGGUUACCUCACCUACCUUGGGGCCCCCACCUGGAUCUAAACAGGCCCUUAGGCAGGUGGGUGGGUGGAGUAACCUGCCUGUCCAUAUAAUAUAAUGUUUACAUGAUAGGUGGGGUGACACGCCACAUGUCACCUCACCUAUCUGGGGUCCCCUACCUCCAUCUAAACAGGCCGUGAAUUGAGAAAAUAAGUUACCUUUUUCUUUCAGAUGUAUCGCCGAGGAGAUUGCAGUACACCUUGGUGCUUUAUGCGGAGUCCCAUUACAGAAUGCAUCGGUUUGGGUAAUUAUCUUUUCUGAUUAUAUAAGAUUACUCUUUCAUGUCACUGAGCUGCGCAUGCUCGACAGCGGGAGCCUAACUAUUCUCAACCCAGCACUUGUAACAGCGCUUACUCUUCUGACUCCGCGGUCAUGCGCAGAAGAGCUCUGGGUCGAGUUUGCGAGAUAAAGGCUCAUGGACAGUCCUUUGGAAAACUCUUAUCGCGUUAAAUCUGACCUUCUUUUUACCGUCUUUUUUUAUCUUAUCUUUUAGAAUUUUACCUUUUAGAGAGAGGGUUUGCUCUUCGUCAUAGCGUGACCGUUUCCAUAUUACGUACUUCCCUGAAUUAGUGUGCAUUUACGAAGGAAUAUGUGAUCUGCGAUCUGUGCUCUCGUUUUCAAGAGGUUUUAACUGUUAAGGGUUGCGAUUGGGGAGUUUUUGGUGUUGGAUAGGUGCCGGGUCGCAUAUUUGCUAAUACGUCUGUUUUCGCAGGCUACAUAUUUGCGAGGGUUACUUGUCAUUUCGUCCCCGGUUACUUAGUCACCUAUUUUCGAGUCAUUUAGCGCACUUCAAAUGUAAUAUUCCUCGUUCUAUAAACCAUAAACCAUAACAAGCGCGCUUCAAACUGCAAUAUUCCUCGUUCUUUAAGCCAUAAACCAAACAAGCACUCUUCAAAUGUAAUAUUCCUCGUUCUAGAAUAGGAGGCUGAGUAACCGGGGCGAAAAGACUAGGAGGCGAGAUGAUCGGUAACCUUUGCGAGAGGUGGUCGCACAUGGAGGUGCUCGACUGUAGUUUUUUUUUUUUUCAGUAAUUUGGCAGUUCAGGAUUCGGUGUAUUGGCUCUCUUUGGGGAAAAAAUCCAUUUCUGUUUUAUCUGUAAUAAUUAACCGUUUCUCCCUUGUAGGAAUUGUACGGAACAUUGAUCCCGUUGAGAAACUGCUCUUUGUGUUAACACCCCUCGGGUUGGAUGAUCUUAAACAGGUUAACACCUUACUUAAAGGAAACUUAGAAAUUCCAGCAGCUCUACUGUUAUCGGUGAGUAGAAGAGAAUGACUUUGUACGAUUUGCCGCGUAGCUACAGCUACAACAUUUCCCUUUGAGCGGUUUCGCAAACUGAAAAAAUGAAGAAUAACUCUUAUUAUCAUUCGAUGCAAAAUGUUCUUCCUUUUCAUUGGCCGAAAGCCCGCCACGUGACCGGCAAACAAUGGUCGGCCCAUGCGCAGUGCCGUUUAACUGUGUUUGGCUUAAGUGUUUGGCUGCAAAUAAUCUUCUACUCAUGCGAUCUCUCUUGCGUGAAAAAUGGAAGAUCGCCUCGCUUCCCGAAGAUAUUCAUUAAAAACAAACUUGGUUUCGAAUGAUAAAACAAUUAUUGAUACCGUGAUUUGUCAGUGUCUCCCAGAUCAAUUAUUUUUUUCAGUCUUCGGCUUCGGCAAAUGAUUGAUCUCGUUUCUGACAAAUCAUGAUAUUUUUCUCGACCUCGCCAAUAAUUGUUAACUAUUUUUCAAUGCAAAAAGCCGCUGAUCAUCGACGAUAAAUCGACGUUUUUCAAAGACCUCCAAAAAAAAAAAGAUCUGUAAAGGUCCUAAAACUGGCGAAGACCUGGUGAUUUCUUUGAGAAUAUCCUACGCAGAAGUAAGGAAUUUUGUGAACUUGGUUUAAUACAGUCAAACCCCGCUUUACGGACACCCGCGUAAUACGGACAGUUUGCGUUGUCCCUGGGGAAAGAAAGCCCCUUACAUGCUCUCUAAAUUUAAUCCCGACUUGAUACGGACACCCCGUUACAACGGACACUUUCUAUGCCCCCCACCCCCCCCCCCCCCCCCGCUCAGUGCCUGUAUUACAUUGGACAGGGUUUGACCGUAUUUUUCAGGAACAGUCGACGUUUUUUGAAUCAGGCUUUGUUCCAAUUAGAGUGUUCUCCACCUCAACCUUCGGCUUAGGCAGAUAUACCUCCUUGAUUUACAUAAUUCCCCUUCGGCUUCAUAUAAGUUAUACCCAGCCUCAUCCAAUAGUCGUUUAUUGUUACUUUUUUUCUUUUUGUUUAGACAAAGCAAAGUAAUGCUCCUUACAUUUCCACUGAGUUUUCGUAUGAUCUACGGGGAGCUGGAGCAAGGAAAGUUCGCUACAACUUGAUGAGGAGGCAGAAUGCUUGUUAA